AGAAUUCAAGAAACAACGGUUGGUAGAAACUACCAGCUGUGCAAGAUGAUCAUGUUUCAUUAACAGCUCUUGCAAUGUUUUCAAUCCAACCGGUCUGAGCGCCUCCCAUCAGUUUGAGACACGGUCCUUAAAGGAUGACCUAUUCUUUGCCAAAAGCAAUGUGAUCUGUUACACAGAUCAUGGCAUGUUGCUUCUUCGUGUUUUCUACAAGCCUGCCAUUGAGGAUCACUUAAGAAAAUGGGGAUCAAGUCCAGGAAUGCUGGUAACGCUUCGGGGGAGCAAAAGGACAAGAAUGAUGGUUUGUCGGGGGAGAACUUGGGGACUGAUAAAGAUGGAACCCUUUUGCUCAUGGGUCCCGAAAAAGAUGAUUUUAAACGCGGUUCUCAGUGCCUGGGACUCUUGGCCAAAACGCCUCUGGGAUACACGAGACCUGUGAAACGGAAUAAUGUCAAGUACAGAAGAAUUCAGAACUUGAUUUACGACGUGCUUGAGAGACCAAGAGGAUGGGCUUUACUCUACCAUGCUUUUGUAUUUUUGAUUGUGCUUGGGUGUUUAAUCUUGGCCAUCUUGACAACUUUUAAAGAAUAUGAAGAGGUAUCAAACUGGCUCGUUAUAUUGGAAACCUUCACCAUUUUCAUAUUUGGAUUAGAGUUUGCUUUAAGAAUUUGGGCUGCUGGUUGUUGUUGUCGAUAUAAAGGAUGGAGGGGGCGUCUGAAAUUUGCCAGGAAGCCUUUGUGUAUUUUAGAUAUCUUUGUACUCAUUGCCUCAGUGCCAGUUGUGAUUAUGCAGAAUGAAGGGAACGUGUUGGCCACAUCCCUGAGAAGUUUGCGUUUUCUGCAGAUACUGCGGAUGCUUCGGAUGGACAGGAGGGGAGGAACAUGGAAGCUUUUAGGCUCAGCCAUUUAUGCACACAGCAAGGAACUGAUCACUGCCUGGUACAUUGGAUUCCUGUCCCUUAUCCUUGCAUCAUUCCUUGUUUACUUGGUUGAAAAAAAUGACUUUGAUAUGGAGUUAAAUCCCACACCUACUGGUAACCCAAAUAAUAUCCAGGAUUUUGAUACAUAUGCAGAUGCACUGUGGUGGGGCUUGAUAACCCUAACCACUAUAGGCUACGGUGACAAAACCCCUAAAACAUGGGCAGGUCGCCUCCUGGCCGGAACAUUUGCCCUCGUUGGAGUCUCAUUCUUUGCACUUCCAGCUGGGAUUCUAGGCUCAGGGUUGGCUUUAAAAGUCCAGGAGCAGCAUCGGCAGAAACACUUUGAGAAGCGCAGGCACCCAGCAGCAGGCCUGAUACAGUCUGCAUGGAGGUAUUAUGCCACCAACUCCAGCAGAAAUGACCUUAUUGCCACCUGGAGAUUUUAUGAGACCAUCAUAUCACUACCCUGUUUCAGAAAGGAUCAACCUGAAGGAGUUUCCAGCCAGAAAAUGAGUCUCCUGGAGCGUGUUCGCCUAUCUAACCAACGAACGGCAAGUAUCAAGGGAAAGCUGUUCACACCUUUGAAUACAGAUGCCAUCGCAGAGAGCCCAUCUAAGGAGUCAAAGGCGGGGACCUUCAGUAACAGGGAGAGAUUCCGAACUGCCUUUCGUAUGAAAGCUUAUGCUUUUAGACAGAGUUCAGAAGAUGCUGGAGCUCUGGCAGACCCAGGGUCUGAAGACAAGGGCUACCCUAGUGACCUGUUACUGGAAGAGAUGAUACCUACACUGAAAACAAUGAUCAGGGCUGUUAGAAUCAUGAACUUUCUUCUGAACAAAAGGAAAUUCAAGGAGACACUGAGGCCAUAUGACGUAAAGGAUGUGAUAGAACAGUACUCAGCAGGGCAUAUUGAUAUGCUUUCCAGAAUUAAAUACCUCCAAACAAGAAUAGAUAUGAUUUUGUCUCCAGGACCCCCUUCAACUCCAAAACAUAAGAAGGCUCAAAAGGGAUCUUUUUCAUACCCUUCCCAACAAUCUCCUAGAAAUUACCCAUAUUUACUCAAAGGACCAGUGCCAGAGGCUGAAGACCAAAGCAUGAUGGGAAGAUUUGUGAAAGUAGAAAGACAGAUUGAACAUAUGGAGAAAAAACUUGACUUCUUAGUGGAUAUGCAUAUGCAGCAUAUGGACCAACUGCAGGAAGAACCAUGCAGACACCAUUUUCCAAAGGAGACUUCAGGCCAACAAAGCCCGACAGAGGGCAAAGAGGACAACAGGUACACAGAGAUAAAAAGGGUAUUUUUCAACUACACUGAACCCUGUCCUCAUAUGUCUUACCAAAUCCCAGUCAGCAAGGUGGCUCCGUAUAGCUUCUUCAGGAAUGAUCCAAGAUGCACCAGCUUUUCAGCAUCCUUUACAGUGGACAGGUCAGGUUCCAUGAGACUGUCACCUCCCCCUGUUCCAUCCUACACUGAACGCCCCAAUGUUUUGCCCAUCAGUACACUGGCGGACUCCAGAAAUAGCCUGCAAUAUGAAAGGGAGCAGCAAACCCCCUUCAUGGAUUGCCCAUCGCCACGGCAGGGUUGGACCUUGAUGCGCGACACAGAUACCCCGCUGUCACUUCUUUCAGUUAACCACGAGGAACUGGAGCGCUCACCCAGUGGCUUCAGCAUCUCCCAAGAGAAGGAUGAUUUGACUUUUAGCCCCAACGGUGGGGGUUCGAGUUGGAUGAAAGAAAGACGAUACUUAGCAGAAGGUGAGACAGACACUGACACUGAUCCUUUCACACCAAGUGGGCCUCUUCCUUUGUCAUCGACAGGGGACGGAUUUCCUGACUCAGUAUGGACCAACUCCACUGCUGGAAUUUAG